UUGAGGGACUUUGGACCCAUGAGGUUUAAGAAGCUGCUAGUUUGAUGCCCCUUAUGAGUGUGUUUCCAAGACAGAGAGGGAGCCUAGUCUCCAGCUCAGUGCCCAGCUGCUUGUGCACUGGCAUAGACUUAAACAAGUCAGCCAAAAUGACAGUCUGGAUUCAGUGGUAACUGAACUUCCAUUAACAUCUGUGCCCAGCACCCCAUAAGGGACAAUGCAACAUCACUAUCUGUGCAAGAACAGCCUCUCUCAGCCCUGCCUUAGGGGAUGGUGUUGAAAGAGAAGCUCCAGGGGCCGUGCAGCUCCGAGGAUGUAUGCGCUGUGCAAGGUGUUUGCAUUGCUCCUGUUCCUGUGUUGUAUCGCUCCCCUGCGGUCGGGGUUAGGGUGAGGCAGUGGGACUGGAGGGGUCAGUAACGCGAUGCACUCAUUCUAGUGUCCACAGAGCUACGGGAAUGCUUGGAAGAAUGAAAAUGGGCAGCAUGAAUAUGGUUUUCUCUCCAACACGGGGUGUUCCGGGGGGAGUUGGUUUGGUUGAGGAACAUGACAUAUAUACUGAUUAUUAUUAUUUACGGAGAGAAAACUCGUAUUAACCCAUACAUCUGGGCUCUGCACGUUGCUCUUUUUGUGGAAAGUCACAGGCCCCUUCCCCAUUCCAGCCCGGGCCCCAGCUUUGCUAGGAUGGGACGUGGGGGGACGUCUUCGCGGUGCCCUCCUCGCGUUACAGAGGCAUCGCCCUCCUCGGGAAGCGCCGUGUGGGCUGGGGACAGUUCGGGGCCGAUGAGGUGCGAGCGCUGUUCACUUCGUGCUUUGAUCGCUCGGGUCUUUGGGAGGUCGGGGAUGCUUUCUGGCUAGACAGGUGGCGCCAAGUUCAAGCUGAGAGGGCUCGCGGCACCGCCGAGCCCCAGCCCGGGUAAGAGCUCAACCCGGUGGUGAGGUUGUUUGUGGUCAGCGGCCCCCCAAAUGCUUUUCCCAGGGUCCGCUCUGUCGGUGACGUGCCAGGCGGAGGAGCUGGCAGCCGGGAAUCUCUCACCCCGCAGCCUUCCGUCGGGCCGGGCGCACUCGGUGCCGGGUACCGCGGUCGGAGAGGGAGAGGCUAAAAACCCCGCUGGUAGCGGCAAUAUCGGUAUCUUUAAACGCUCCUUCGCGGGGCUGGGCCUGCCCGUGCCCUGCCCUCCGGGGGAUAGGGGCAGGUUUGCACUUCAAGGGGGUUUCCCCGGCCCCGCAGACACGCUGGAGCCAGGGCCUUGUAGACAUUUGCCAGACGUGUGAACUUUCUUCCUCGCUGGCAGCUGUUAUCUCUGCUCGAUUCCCACUUUGAUGUGGCUUCACACUUGCAAACUAGCCCACUCGGGACUGGAGCGGGCUGUAUAAGAGCUGAUCGAAGCCGGCAGCCCCGGCCUCCUCACCGCCAUGAGCCAGACCGACUUUCCCCUGGCAGAGCACAAAUCCCAUGGGGUGCGGCCCCACUUCUACUGCGUUCCCCCUCCCCGCGCCUCCACCCCGCACGGCCGCGGCCGCAACCCCCUACUGGCCAGGGCCGAGCCCCGACGGGGGAGUCCGCGGCCGGAACAGCCCUCGGCCUGCGAGCCCCCCUCGGACCGGCAGAGAGGGACCUGUCCCCAGGAGUCCAGCGAGCAGUGCCCUUCGGAGCCAGCCCCUGACGGCGGAUGGCUGAGUGCCGACGAGUCCUCGGGCUAUGAGAGCGAGAGUGCCGGUGGGGAGCGCUCGGAAACGGAGGCGCCGUGCGGGAGCCGCGGGCGGCAGCGACGGACGCGGACCGCCUUCAGCUCGGAGCAGGUGUGCCGGCUGGAGAAGACCUUCCAGCGCCAGAAGUACCUGGGAGCCUCGGAGCGGAGGAAGCUGGCGGCCGCCCUGCAGCUCUCGGAGGUCCAGAUCAAGACAUGGUUUCAGAACAGGAGGAUGAAACUGAAGAGGGAAAUCCAGGACCAGCAGCACCUCGUGUCUCCUGCUCCGCUCUACAGCUUCCCCCCGGGAACCACCCCUCCAGCCCUCCUUCCCAAUGAAGGCUUUCCGUUGUCUUUCCACUGUCCCUUUGCUCCACAGCAUCAGAGACUCCUGCCUCUUCCCCCGUUGUCUGCAGUGCAGCUCAGCUUCUCCUUCCCCAGAUACGAUGCUUUGCAAAGCACCUACUGCUUCAUGGCAAACGAGCUGCCGUACUACCAUCAACACUUGCUUCCUCCUCAUCCUUCUUUCCAUCCAGUAAUGCAGAAUAAAAUGGACAAUAAAUGCCAUCCUGUGUACGCCUGAUAGUGAAAACAAAACAUGGCAGACAGAGAGAAAAAAUUGAUGAGUAUAAUGUAUUAGUAGAGUGGUAUAAUGUAUUAUUUUCCACUCAGAUGGAUUUUUUUUCUGGUUUGUAAUCUUAUAUGUUUAUUUUUUAAGUUAAUUGUAAAGAGUAAUAACUUAAUAUUUGUACCAAUUAGCAUUAAAAUUUAUUGGA